AUGGCCUCCGUAGUAAGGAUUGACAUGUUAGUCAACAACUCAUCUCCUUCUGAGCCAUUUUCCUGCGUCCAGAAUGCUACUGCCACUAAUAAAAGGAAGAGAAGGCCUGCAGGAACACCAGAUCCAGAUGCAGAAGUGGUGUCCCUAUCACCCAAGACCUUGCUGGAAUCAGAUCGUUAUGUGUGUGAGAUCUGCAACCAGGGAUUCCAGAGGGACCAGAACCUGCAGAUGCACCGGCGCCGCCACAAGGUGCCGUGGAAGCUCUUGAAGAGGGAGACGCCGCUGGUGAAGAAGCGAGUCUUCGUUUGCCCGGAACCUACUUGCUUGCACCAUGACCCGUGCCAUGCUCUGGGUGAUCUUGUUGGCAUAAAGAAGCAUUUCAGAAGGAAACACAGCAGUCACAAGCAAUGGGUCUGCGAGAGAUGCUCCAAAGGCUACGCGGUGCAGUCUGAUUACAAAGCACAUCUUAAAACCUGUGGCACUCGAGGGCACUCUUGCGAUUGUGGUCGCGUUUUCUCAAGGGUGGAGAGCUUUAUUGAGCAUCAAGACGCGUGCAACAUGGGGCAGUUGGGGGCAGAAACGCAGGCAGUGCAAGCUGCUGCAUGCUUAUCUCGAACAGCUUCAAGCCCUUCAAGCGAAAACAAUUUCAGCACAGAUACCCCUUGGCAAACCGGUGUAGUAAUUCCAAAGCCCACAGUAACAGUAGUAGAACCGGCCUCAUUCACCAACCCUACCACUGCACAAACCAACAACGACAACAACAAGAACAAAGUGAACAAACUCCAACCCAACCUUGAGCUUCAGCUCUCUACAGCCUCUCCUGUUGGAAUGAUCGCGGCUGCAUCACCCAAAGGGAAUAAGAGAGACGGAAACCACUCUGCACAGUUGCAGCUAACCAUCGGGUCAUUGGAAAAAACCAACAUGAGGGAGAAGAAUGAGGAGAAGUCAUUGGGAGAAAGGGUUCAAGAAGAGGCACGUGAACAGCUGAGGAUAGCCGUGGCAGAAAAAGCGUAUGCGGAAGAGGCAAGGAAACAAGCCAAGAGGCAGAUGGAGCUGGCGGAACUCGAGUUCACUAACGCCAAAAGGAUAAGACAACAAGCACUAGCGGAACUGGACAAAGCCUGUGCCUUGAAGGACCAUGCAAUCAAACAGAUCAAUUCAACCAUGCUUCAAAUCACUUGCCUUGCUUGCAAACACCAUUUCCAAUCGCGAACCAUAACGUGUGCUGCUCCACCGGACAAGACCUCUUUCUUGUUAAGCUAUAUAGCAACAGAAGGUGGCCAAGUUGGAAAACAUCGUGUCAAAGCCAUUAACUAUUAG